AGAAGCUGUUUAACUUUCUGUCAACAACAUGAAGCUGGUGAAAUACUUUUUAAUCAUCCAUCUGAGCUGUGUCUGUCAAGCUCUUCAGAACUCAUCCACUCCAACAGACACAACUGAAGCCCCAGUGGAAACAGAGGGAAACAGCACAGAAGGAAUGAAACAAGAGGAAUCCAACAGUGACCCUUACGUUCUCCACCUUGCUGGUAGAUGUGAGUGGACUCUCCGGCUGCCUGGAAACAGGAGCAGCGACGUGGUGUGGCUCUCAUCAGACUCCAUGGCAGCGUUGGUUGAACAGGUGUGUCGGGACCUGGACUGCGGCAGCGUCUAUGAUGUGGAUCAAAGCAGCUCACCUCCCAACACCACCUGCUUCCACGGCUGUUUGUACAAAGACGGCCAUUUGCAGAACUGCUCGCAGAGUGUGGGAAGUGAAUGCACCGUGAUUACUUCAGUGGUCUGUGGACAUCAGCCUGUGCGGCUGGCAGGAGGUCCAGACCGCUGUGCUGGACGGGUGGAGUUGUGGAGGGAUGGCAGAUGGGGCACAGUGUGCGACGACCAGUGGGACCUGAGGGAUGCUAACCUGGUGUGCGCCCAGCUCAGCUGCGGCUACGCCCUCAACGUGACGGGACAGGACGGCCCCUUUCCCCCGGGCAGAGGACCCGUCCACCUGGACGAGCUGAACUGCACGGGCCGGGAGGAGAACCUGUGGGCGUGUCCAUCUGCACAGGAGGAGCCCGACUGUGGACACAAAGAGGACGCUGGUGUCAUAUGCUCAGAGAUGAGAGCGAUCCGACUGACUGGAGGUCUGGACCGCUGCUCUGGUAAAGUGGAAGUCCACCGUAACGGCAGCUGGGGGACGGUGUGCGACCACUGCUGGAACGUUCACCUGGCCUCCAUGGCGUGCUCCAUGCUGCAGUGUGGCGCCGAGCCGCUGCAGUUCUCCCAGUUUGUUCCUCCUCUCACCCACAACAACGGGACUCUGUGGUACUACAGCUGCGGCUCAAAGGAGCAGAGUCUGUGGCAGUGCAGGGAACUCAUCAACAAGGCUCAUCUGUGCGCAGGCUCCAAAGCAUCAGGUGUCAUCUGUAACGGUUCCCGCGGCUUCAUCACAGACGCCACAGAUAAUACAACUGCAAUAACCAGCUGGACCACAGCAGCUUCAACAACCACAGUCGCUGCUGAUGAGCUUUUCCUCACGGUGUCUCCGGAGCUUCUCAUCACCAUGAGCGUGUCUCUGCUGCUCCUCGUGUUUCUCAUCACAAACUCUGUCCUCUGCUGCCACUACAGGAGGAGACACGCUUUCUUACUGCAGCAGACGCGCAGCAGCUCACGACCUUCCCCCGGACAUCAUCACAACAACUACGCAGGCCCCGUCGACCUCGUCAAGGUCACCACCACCACCCAGCCGCAGACUGAGGUUCCCCCCAACCCCAGGUAUGUUUGGACCCAGCUUAGCAGUGCCGACAGCACGUCAGUAGAUACGGACUACGAGCAGUUUGACCCGAGCAGUGACCCGUCUGUCCCUUUGUCAACCUUUAAGAAUUCUCAGAAGAGAAGACAUGAGAAAAACCCUUUGAUGAUGAGGACUUCAGGUCUCGACAGCCUCUUUGAGGAAGGCACUGAACCCGCACACGAGGAGACUGGAGCCUUUACAAGCUACAGCGUCGACUGCCUAGACGCUCAAUAUGCCAGAGUGUCAAAGAUCUCCGUGGACUCGUUCGACACCUCCAGCACCUCCUCUGGGGAAUGCUACGAAAACGUCAACAACGGCUACAUCAUGGUCACUCCCGAUCCAGAAGAAGGACAGUCGCCUGAUGUCAUUGGUGCUUUUGAUCCGUCGAGACAAAACUGUGGACAAACAACAAACCUGAGUUCAAGUGACGAAGAAGACGGCCCCAUCUACUCCCCGGUGAGCCCUGACGGAUAUAAUGACCUUGGAACCCAAUGACAGACAGUGGAGGUCACUCAAGGUCACUCAAGGUUACUCAAGGUUACUCAAGGUCACUCAAGGUCACUCAAGGUUACUCAAGGUCACUCAAGGUCACUCGGCGUCAGACUGACACUGUGACGUCUCCAGCUGUAAAACCGCACUGAAAGAAAAGACACUGUACAUUCAUCGUGUACUGUAAAGACUCAGAAGGCCGUCGGAUGUUUCUAUUAAAAUCUUUGUGAUAACACAAAAUAUAAAUCUGGUUUAAAUGUUGUUAGAAUCUGUCGACUCUCCACUUUCAUAUUCUUGUGAGAUCAUUCGUGACUCAUAGCCUCUAAAAUUUGGUUAAAGUAGAGCGACAGACAACAACUACAACUCAAAUUUCAUUUUAGAUAUUUUCUUAUCCAUUUAUCUACUAAUUUACUCACAUGUUGCACUAUUUUUACAAACCUAUAGACUUUGGUGAACACAUGUCAAGCACCAAAACAAUUCAUCCACAUCAGUAAAGGUUUGUAAAGAAUUUCAAAAAGCAUCAGUUUUUCAGCAUUUGGGGCAAAUAAUCUUUUUGCUCUGCGAGAGAAAGAGGCGGAGUUAUAGAAAGAUCUGAGACUUCUGAGAAUUGUGAUAUAAAACACUUCUGUGUUUUGUUUUAUGCAAGUUACCUUUUAAAAGUGAAUUUAAGAAAUAAUGUAUAAAUCAAGAGAAAUGCCCUUUGACCUCAGAGGGUUUGAUUAAAGUGGAUUUUUCAUGUUAAAAAUCACCUGUACCUUCAGAAGACUGAAGACUGUGUUUCAACAUGUUGAAACAUAAAGUGAUUUAAAUGUUGUUAAAAUGAUGGUUACAGUUAACUGACUCGUCUCAGAAAUGUUCUCUUUUUACUUCAUUUAGUGUCGACAUGUAGAAGUAUUUUAAUGUGAAAAUCACCAAAUGAAAACUCACUGAGAACAGCAAUGAUCUACCUUCAGUGUACAGUUUCAGAUAUUACUGCAGGUAAUCUGUUACUGGGGAGUUUGUUGCCUUUUUUCACUGGUGGCAAGAGACUUUUAUUUUGAAGACUUCUCAUCAGGUGCCAUGAUCAAAGCGUUGCGUUCAUGACGGAGGAGACGGGUCACGUGUCGUGGAAAGGAUCACGUGAGGUUUUGGUCUUUCUCGUGCUUCGACUUCACACCAGCGUCUUGGAGCUGGACUUUUUUAAAACAGUCGUGUUGUUGUGCAAAUGUA